GAUUCUCGGGCUGUGAGGGGCGCACGGUCCAGGGAUACUGGGGACGGCGGGGUGGGAGGGCGCCGUCCUGGGGCCGCGGCGGCCGGGCGGGGGAGAUGGCGGCGCGAUGGAGCAGCGAGAACGUGGUUGUAGAGUUUCGUGACUCCCAGGUGAGCUGGAGGCCGAGUGGAGCCCUCUGGGCAUGCGUCCUCCCCGCUUCCCCUCCCCCACGCGGCUGCUUCCGUCCCGGGGGCUACGAGGAGACCCUCGGCCCCGAACUGAGGAGGCAACUGCGAUGUCUGUGGACUGUCUUGGGCAGCAUGCGGUGCUUUCUGGCCGCAGAUUCUUGUACAUCGUCAAUCUAGAUGCCCCUUUUGAAGGUCACCGAAAGAUCUCUCGCCAGAGCAAAUGGGACAUUGGAGCUGUGCAGUGGAAUCCUCAUGACAGCCUUGCACACUAUUUUGCAGCUUCGAGUAACCAACGAGUAGACCUUUACAAGUGGAAAGACGGCAGUGGGGAAGUUGGCACAACCUUACAAGGCCACACUCGUGUCAUCAGCGACUUGGACUGGGCGGUGUUUGAGCCCGACCUCCUGGUUACCAGCUCUGUGGACACCUACAUCUACAUUUGGGAUAUCAAAGACACAAGGAAACCUACUGUUGCACUGUCUGCUGUUGCGGGUGCCUCCCAGGUCAAAUGGAAUAAAAAAAAUGCUAACUGCCUUGCCACCAGCCAUGACGGCGAUGUGCGGAUAUGGGAUAAGAGGAAACCCAGUACAGCAGUGGAAUAUCUAGCCGCCCACCUCUCCAAAAUCCAUGGCCUGGACUGGCACCCAGACAGCGAGCACAUUCUUGCUACCUCCAGUCAAGACAAUUCUGUGAAGUUCUGGGAUUACCGCCAGCCUCGGAAAUACCUCAAUAUUCUUCCUUGCCAGGUGCCUGUCUGGAAGGCCAGAUAUACACCUUUCAGCAAUGGAUUGGUGACCGUGAUGGUUCCCCAGCUGCGGAGGGAAAAUAGCCUUCUCCUCUGGAAUGUCUUUGACUUGAACACCCCAGUCCACACCUUCGUGGGGCAUGAUGAUGUGGUGCUGGAGUUCCAGUGGAGGAAGCAGAAGGAAGGGUCCAAGGACUAUCAACUGGUGACGUGGUCCCGGGAUCAGACCUUGAGAAUGUGGCGGGUGGAUUCCCAGAUGCAGAGGCUUUGUGCAAAUGACAUAUUAGAUGGUGUCGAUGAGUUCAUUGAGAGUAUUUCCCUUCUGCCGGAACCCGAGAAGACCCUGCACACUGAAGAUACAGAUCACCAGCACAAUGCAAGCCAUGGGGAGGAAGAAGCCCUAAAAGAAGAUCCCCCUAGAAAUCUCCUGGAAGAGAGGAAAUCAGAUCAACUGGGGCUGCCUCAGACCUUGCAGCAGGAAUUCUCCCUGAUCAAUGUGCAAAUCCGGAAUGUCAAUGUGGAGAUGGAUGCGGCAGACAGGAGCUGCACAGUGUCUGUGCACUGCAGCAACCAUCGCGUCAAGAUGCUGGUGAAGUUCCCUGCGCAGUACCCAAACAACGCCGCCCCUUCCUUCCAGUUUAUUAACCCCACAACCAUCACGUCUACCAUGAAAGCUAAGCUGCUAAAGAUCCUGAAGGACACGGCCCUGCAGAAAGUGAAGCGCGGCCAGAGCUGCCUGGAGCCCUGCCUGCGCCAGCUCGUCUCCUGCCUCGAGUCCUUUGUGAACCAGGAAGACAGCGCUUCCAGCAACCCUUUUGCGCUCCCCAACUCUGUCACACCCCCCUUACCGACAUUUGCGCGGGUGACCACAGCCUAUGGGUCGUACCAGGACGCCAACAUUCCCUUUCCUAGGACUUCUGGGGCCAGGUUCUGCGGAGCAGGUUACCUGGUGUAUUUCACAAGGCCCAUGACGAUGCAUCGGGCGGUGUCUCCCACAGAGCCUACUCCGAGAUCUCUCUCAGCCUUGUCUGCUUAUCACACUGGCUUGAUCGCGCCCAUGAAGAUCCGCACAGAGGCCCCUGGGAACCUUCGUUUAUACAGUGGGAGCCCCACUCGCAGCGAGAAAGAGCAGGUCUCCAUCAGCUCCUUCUACUACAAGGAGCGGAAAUCAAGGCGAUGGAAAAGUAAGCGUGAGGGAUCAGACUCUGGCAAUCGACAGAUCAAGGCUGCUGGGAAAGUCAUCAUCCAGGAUGUUGCUUGCCUCCUGCCUGUUCACAAAUCGCUGGGAGAACUGUACAUAUUGAAUGUGAAUGAUAUUCAGGAAACGUGUCAGAAGAAUGCCGCCUCUGCCUUGCUCGUUGGAAGAAAGGAUCUUGUCCAGGUUUGGUCGCUGGCUACGGUAGCUACAGAUCUUUGCCUUGGUCCGAAAUCUGACCCAGAUUUGGAAACACCCUGGGCUCGACAUCCAUUUGGGCGGCAGCUGCUGGAGUCCCUGUUGGCUCACUAUUGCCGGCUCCGGGAUGUUCAGACAUUGGCGAUGCUCUGUAGCGUGUUUGAAGCCCAGUCUCGGCCUCAGGGGAUACCAAACCCCUUUGGGCCUUUUCCCAACCGUUCUUCUAAUCUUGUGGUGUCCCAUAGUCGAUAUCCUAGCUUUACUUCUUCUGGUUCCUGCUCCAGUAUGUCAGACCCAGGGCUCAACACCGGCGGCUGGAACAUAGCGGGAAGAGAGGCAGAGCACUUGUCCUCCCCUUGGGGAGAAUCCUCACCAGAAGAGCUCCGCUUUGGGAGUCUGACCUACAGUGAUCCCCGUGAGCGAGAACGCGACCAGCAUGAUAAAAAUAAAAGGCUCCUGGACCCUGCCAAUACCCAGCAAUUUGAUGACUUUAAGAAAUGCUAUGGGGAAAUCCUCUACCGUUGGGGUCUGAGAGAGAAGCGAGCUGAAGUGUUGAAGUUUGUCUCCUGUCCUCCUGAUCCUCAUAAAGGGAUCGAGUUCGGCGUGUACUGCAGCCACUGCCGGAGUGAGGUCCGUGGCACGCAGUGUGCCAUCUGCAAAGGCUUCACGUUCCAGUGUGCCAUCUGCCACGUGGCUGUGCGGGGAUCAUCCAAUUUCUGCCUGACUUGUGGGCACGGUGGCCACACCAGCCACAUGAUGGAGUGGUUUCGGACCCAGGAGGUGUGUCCCACUGGGUGUGGGUGCCACUGCCUGCUUGAAAGCACUUUCUGAACCUACAGACCUUGGGUAUUGUCUGAAAUCCCAGAGGACCCAUAAAUGCCAGUGACAAGCUGUCUGUCAGGGGAGAGGCUCCAGAACCUGGAUUCGUCCCCAGUGAGACGGGAGGAUGGUCCCCCCAGGACUGUGCAGCGUCAGCUCUUGGUGGGCCUCUGCCUUCUCUUCUGUUUGGCUACCUGGUGUGGAUGCCACUGUGGGAAGAUGAGGGCAGAAGUGCAGAGCUGCGCUUUGUGUGUUGUCUAUGUCGGCUGAACUACCAAGGUGGAAGUUUUCAUGGAGAAAAGCACCUGGCUCCAGGGCCAGUGUUACCCAGGGCCAGUGUUAAGGUGUUAGCCUUAAACCACCGAGCAGCGUUCUCCCGAUGCCAAUGCAGAGACCAGAGUCAGAUGGAAAACACAGUCUCCUGAGCUGGAGGACAGUGGGUAGGAAUUUAAUCAACAAAUGGGCCUGUGGCAUCGUGGCUUUAGAAGCUGGUACAUUUACUGAGCUGACGGACAGUGGCCUUCUACAAUAUGACGCUUAAAUUGUAAAUAUGCACUGUACUUAAGGAUUCUUAAGAUGUAUUUUUUUGUUAUUUCUCCUCCAGCUGCUAUCCCUUGGCUAAUAAAAUUCUAGUAAUUAUUUGGAAAAAAAAAAAAAGAGAAAGUUAAA